AACAGUAAUAAAAAAAGUGGCAAAAAAAAGAAAAUAAAAGGAAUGUGUUCAUAACUGCAAACAGCAGAAAUUCAACCGCUAAACACAAUCCACCACUUCCUCUCUCUCUCUCACAGUCUCACUCCAUCCACCCAAUCCCCAGCCCCUUCCAGAACUCCCGCCAUCUUUCCUCCGCCGCAGCGCCACUGAUCCCACCAUCACACAAUCUUCCAAUCAAUGCAAGCACCAACUAGCAACUAUGCCUAGCUAUUUGUUGGCUGAGCAAAGGAUUUAUUCCUCAAAAGUUAAUCCCACCUAGAUUAUGCUACCUUCCGGCGCUCACCUACGAGUAUCUAAAAAAACGGCAGAAUCCCCUUUUCCUUGAAGAAGUGAGGAUACAUGUCGCUGCUGAGGAGAAGAAGGGGCGGGCAGGAUGAGCCGGGAAGGGCGCCCGACGCGGAGGAGAGGAAGCCGGAGCACCGGAGAGCCGAGAAGAAGUGGUCUUGCUUGGACAACUGCUGCUGGUUCAUCGGGUGCGUGUGCGUUACGUGGUGGGUGCUGCUCUUCUUGUAUAAUUUGAUGCCUUCCUCUUUUCCGCAGUACGUCACGGAUGCGAUAAGGGGCCCACUGCCCGAUCCGCCCGGGCUGAAGCUGAAGAAGGAGGGGCUGGCGGCGAAGCACCCCGUCGUCUUCGUGCCCGGGAUUGUGACCGCCGGAUUGGAGCUGUGGGAGGGGCAUCAAUGUGCAGAAGGGUUGUUUAGGAAGAGAUUGUGGGGAGGGACAUUCGGUUCUGUUUACAAGAGACCUCUGUGUUGGGUGGAGCACAUGUCGUUGGACAACGAGACUGGUUUGGAUCCACCUGGUGUGAGGGUCAGACCUGUGACUGGUCUAGUAGCUGCAGAUUACUUUGCACCGGGAUACUUUGUGUGGGCGGUUCUGAUUGCAAAUCUUGCUCAGAUUGGAUACGAGGAGAAGACUAUGUACAUGGCUACGUAUGAUUGGAGACUCUCGUUUCAGAACACAGAGGUGCGCGACCAGUCACUCAGUAGGAUUAAGAGUAACAUAGAACUUAUGGUUUCUACAAAUGGCGGCAACAAGGCUGUGAUCAUUCCUCAUUCGAUGGGAGUUCUGUACUUUUUGCACUUCAUGAAGUGGGUCGAGGUACCUGCUCCGAUGGGGGGAGGAGGUGGGCCGGAUUGGUGCGCUAAACAUAUCAAGGCCGUGUUGAACAUUGGAGGGCCGUUUCUAGGCGUCCCAAAAGCCGUUUCUGGCCUUUUCUCUGCAGAAGCAAAGGAUAUUGCUGUUGCUAGGGCGAUAGCACCGGGUGUUCUGGAUCAAGAUUUGUUUCAUAUUCAAACUCUGCAGUAUCUGAUGAAGAUGACCAGGACUUGGGACUCAACCAUGUCGAUGAUACCAAAAGGUGGAGACACCAUUUGGGGCGAUCUUGACUGCUCACCUGAGGAUAGCUACAUCCCUAGCAGACGAAGGCGGAAUACCACUGACGAGCCAAUACUUACUGAAGAUGAAAGCAAGGAAACGAAACCCAAACGCAGGCAUUAUGGAAGGAUCAUAUCAUUUGGAAAAGACAUUGCCCAGGCAGACUCUUCUGAGAUUGACAGAGUGAAUUUUCGGGGCGCUGUGAAGGGGAAAAACGUUGCGAACAGCACGUGUCUUGAUGUGUGGACAGAGUACCAUGACAUGGGAUUUGGAGGCAUCAAAGCUGUGAGUGAGUACAAAGCUUACACUGCUGGAGAUCUGGUCGAUCUCUUGAGCUUCGUCGCCCCCAAAAUGAUGGCGCGUGGCAGCGCUCACUUCUCGUAUGGGAUAGCCGACGAUCUGGAUGAUCCCAAGUAUCAGCAUUACAAGUACUGGUCGAAUCCUUUGGAGACGAGGCUGCCGAAUGCACCACACAUGGAGAUCUUCUCCCUCUAUGGAGUUGGCAUUCCGACCGAACGAGCCUACGUGUACAUGGAGGCUCCUUCAGCGGAAUGCUACAUUCCCUUCCGGAUCGACACAUCCGCAAGUGAAGAAGACCAGGAUAUGUGCUUGAAGGACGGUGUUUUGUCCGUUGAGGGGGACGAGACGGUGCCCGUGCUUAGCGCGGGCUUCAUGAGCGCUAAGGGUUGGCGUGGGACGACGAGGUUUAACCCGUCGGGGAUGAAGAACUUCGUGAGGGAGUACGAGCACGCCCCUCCGGCCAACUUUCUGGAGGGGCGGGGGACGAUGAGCGGCGCCCAUGUUGAUAUCAUGGGGAACUUUGCCUUGAUCGAGGACAUUAUGAGGGUGGCUGCCGGGGCCACCGGAGACGAGCUCGGCGGCGAUCGUGUGUAUUCGGAUAUAUUCGAGUGGUCCGAUAAGAUUAAGCUAGAGUUGUAAGUUCAUCACUUUAGCAUCUUCUUUUCAUGCGAUAUCCGAGCAUCCCAAAAUAGUAGGGUUGAAUCUUACGCUUCAUGUAUCAUGUAAUGAAUGAAUCAUUAUAUUAUGUGUACAUUUAUAGAUGUAAUCAUAUACGGUUAUACGGGUUGUUGAAAACUUGAAAUACUAACUUCUAUUUUUUCCGUCCA